AUGGACCGCAGUAACGUCGCCGCGGCCGGUGCGGUGUCCGUCGACGUGCGCGGCGGCGGCGGCUCGCCGCCGGCGGGCGCGGGCGGAAGGAAGCGCCGCUUGGUGGCGAGGGGCGUCCAGAGCACGCUCUCCAAGACGUCCAUGCUGGCCAACUUCCUCCCCACGGGCACGCCGCUGACCUUCGAGAUGCUCCUCCCGGCCGCCUCAGGCGACGGCACCUGCUCGGCGGUCAGCGUCGCGAUGCUCAGGGCGCUCCUCGCGCUCUGCGCCGCGUCCUGCUUCCUCUCCCACUUCACCGACAGCUUCCGCGCGCCGGACGGCAAGGGCCGGGCUCGGCGUCGAGGUUCCCAGGGAGGAGAGGUACCGGCUCGCCUUCGUCGACGUCGUGCACGCGGUCAUGUCGUGCUGGUCUUCGCGGCCGUCGCGCUCGCCGACUACCGGGUCUCCGGGUGCCUCGUCGCCGGGCACCGCAAGGAGAUGGACGAGGUGAUGGAGAGCUGCCCGCUCAUGGUGGGCACCGUGUGCAGCGGCCUCUUCCUGGUGUUCCCCAACACCCGCUACGGCAUCGGUUGCUUGGCUGCGUAG